AAAACAAAAACAACUCCUCCAUUAUUGUCCGAAUCUUCUUCUUCGCGUCUCUCAACAACACCUCUCAAAAUGAUUCUCCUCUAACUCACAAUCAUGUCUCCAUGAUCUCACCGGAAGUCUCAUGACGAUCCGAAGUUUGAUCCAAGAAAUGCGGUCAAGACCGCACCGUGUGGUCCACGAAUCAGCAGCAGUCUCCUCCUCAACUACUACUCCUGGUUUUGACCCUUUUCGAUGGUCAGAGCUUCCUGAUGAGCUGCUGAGAGAGAUCUUGAUUAGAAUUGAGUCGGCUGAUGAUGGAGACUGGCCGUCACGGCGGAGCGUGGUGGCUUGCGCCGGUGUUUGCCGUGUGUGGAGGAUGCUAGUGAAGGAGAUCGUAGCUGUUCCUGAACUCUCUUCUAAAUUGACUUUCCCAAUCUCUCUCAAACAGCCUGGUCCAAGGGGUUCACUAGUUCAAUGCUUCAUAAAACGUAACAGGAAUACACAAUCCUAUCAUCUCUAUCUCGGGUUAACUAACUCUUUGACUGAUAACGGGAAGUUUCUUCUUGCUGCUUGUAAGCUGAAGCGUGCAACUUGCACUGAUUACAUCAUCUCUUUGCGCUCAGACGAUAUGUCAAGGAGAAGCAACACUUAUCUCGGCAGAGUCAGAUCAAACUUCAUUGGAACAAAGUUCACGGUCUUUGAAGGUAACCUGAUGCCACAGAACAGAUCAUCAAAGAUGGUUAAGAGCCGCUCUUCUAACCUCAUGAAAGUUUCACCUAGAGUUCCUUCAGGAAGUUACCCUGUUGCUCACAUUUCAUAUGAGUUAAACGUCUUAGGCUCCAGGGGACCAAGAAGAAUGCGUUGCAUAAUGGAUACAUUACCUAUGAGUGUCUUAGAUCCCCAAGGAGCUGCUAGGUCUAACUCAAAACCUAUACGCAGCAACAGCGCAUCUUGCAGCCACUCAAGCAACAACAACUUGAGAGACCCACCAUUGGUGUUGAGCAAUAAGACGCCAAGAUGGCACGAGCAGCUACGUUGCUGGUGCUUAAAUUUCCAUGGCCGAGUCACAGUGGCCUCUGUCAAGAACUUUCAGCUUGUGGCUGUCAGCGAUAGGGAAACAGAGCAGGCUUCUGAGAGGAUUAUACUCCAGUUUGGGAAAGUUGGCAAGGACAUGUUCACUAUGGAUUAUGGAUAUCCCAUUUCUGCGUUUCAAGCGUUUGCUAUUUGCCUAAGCAGUUUUGAGACCAGAAUCGCUUGUGAAUGAUGAAAUAGACCAAAGCCUUAAACACCUUUCUAUGUAACUUAUUUGUUGUUGUCUGUAAAUGGUGGCUCAUACUUGUGCCUAAAUCUCAGGACCGUUGAUGGCUUUUGUCUGGAUUUGGUUCACUACCAUUACAUAUUUUCUUUUAUGUAUUUGACGUAAUGAAGAAACUUGCAAGAAAUAUGAGAAUGUUAGAUUCUUGUCAA